UCUAGACUUGUUGAUGUUUUCAAUGAUUAAAUUAUUGAUAUUUACUUUUACGACUUCCGUAAAAUUUACAAAACAUUUUUUUGGCACUAAUAAGUUGUGCUAUAUAAGCUGAAAUCGGAUAUCCAACUGUUAUCAGUUUACAUCUUUAAUAAAUCAAUUUCAAAUGUCCAAAAUAAGUUUAGUGAUAUUGGCUGUGGCAUUAGUUUGCUACGUCAAUGGCCAAAAUUACGGUCAAAGAGGCAGAAGAACAUCAACAAAACGUCCGAACAAUUCUUAUGGAUAUAACCAAAACAAUCAAGGAUAUGGACAACAAGGACUAUUUGGUCAACAAGGAAAUACUAAUAAUCAGCAAAGCUACAGUCAACAGGGAUAUGGUCAGCAACAAGGAUUGUUUGGGAACAGUGGAAAUGGCUACAAUCAGCAAGGCUACAAUUCCUAUAAUCAACAGCCACAAGGAUAUAGUGACUAUGGAAGUGGUUACGGAUAUCAAACUCAAAAUUAUGAUAACAGCUACAAUCAACAAGGUAGCAGUCAAGGAUUAUUUGGUAAUUAUGGACAACAAGGGUACGGAAAUCAAGGCUAUCAACAACAAGGGUACGGUAAUCAAGGAUAUCAGCAACAAGGAUAUGGUUAUGGACAAUCUCAAGGAUAUGGAAAUAAUCAGCAAUAUUAUGGGCAGCAAUAUGGAUAUGGUCAACAGCAAGGGUAUGGUCAGCAAGGUUAUAGUCAACAAAGAUCAAAUAACGGAUAUAAUCAACAAUCAAGUAACGGACAACAUAACCAGCAGUUAAAUAAUGCACAACAGCCUCAAAAUAAUAAUGGAAAUAACCUACAAAGUAAUAACAAUGGUCAGCAGCAAGGUCCUAGUCAAAAUAAUGGUCAACAGCAAGUUCCAAGCCAAAAUAAUGGUCAGCAAGUUCCAAAUGGCCCACCUCCACCUCCACCACCCAAUUCACAAAACAAUCAAGGACAACAAGGCAAUCAAAAUGCUCCAAAUAGCCAAAUAGGACAGCAGACUCAAAAUAAUCAAGGAAAUAUUCAACAAGGACCACCUCAAGGUCCCCCACCUCCUCCACAAGAUCUCCAAAAUGGUGGAAUGAAUCCAGCUCCAGUUCCUGGAAAUUAAAUAAACAGAACUUAAACUCCAAAUAUUCGCAAUAGAACUAAAGCAAUCCACAGAACUCAAUAGUGAUAAUCAAAACUUUGUUCCGUUUCAUGAUUGUAAGCUGAAUGUAGCAGAAAUAAGCUAGGAAUUUAAAAGAUGUUUCCAGAUCAUUCAAAUGUGUGACAUCAUUUGAGAAGCAAUUCAACUCCUUUGCCCUGGAUACAUCCUUGAACAAACUCUACAGCACUAUAAACUUCCAUCCGACAUACUUUUCCAUGCCUCAAUACUUAAAAUUUUAUUUAUACUCAAAAAAGACUUCCAAAAUUAAGUAGCAUUGCCAAAAAAAUAAACAAAUCAAUAACUUUUUAUACAUUAUGCUUGCAAUCGACCGAAUAAACUAAUUUCUUUUACCUACGACAACACCAACCAAAAUAGUUUUACUUCUCUAGAGAAAUUAGUAAAAAAUAA